GCCUCUCCCAGUCUCAUCCUCGCCAUCAUGAAGCUCGUUUAUCUAGGAAUUCUCCAAAAUGCUCAAGCUCCCGCCGUGGAGCUCUGCGCCGAGCGCGAUCUCAGCAGCUACUCGCGCUUCACCAAAGGCAGCGUCAGCGAGUUCAUGACGAUGUUCAGUAAGACCGUCGCCGAACGGACGAAGCAAGGACAGAGACAGGACAUUCAAGAGCAAGAUUUCACAUUCCACGUCUACGCGCGAACCCAAGGCAUCGCCGGAGUGAUCAUUAGCGACAAUGAGUAUCCAUCCCUGGCUGCUCACCAGAUCCUCUCGAAGAUGCUCGACGAGUUCCUCUCCCUGAACCCGAACGCCGCCUCCUCCCGUGACCCGGUGCCUUUCCCCUCCCUUAAGACCUACAUCCAGGCGUACCAGGACCCACACCAGGUGGAUAGCAUCCUCAAGAUUCAGAAGGAGCUGGACGAGACCAAGAUCGUUCUUCACAAGACCAUCGAGAGCGUCCUCGAGCGCGGUGAGAAGAUCGACGAUCUUGUGUCCAAGUCGGAGGGACUUAGUGCCCAGUCGAAGAUGUUCUACACCUCUGCGAAGAAGCAGAAUUCGUGCUGUGUGAUCAUGUGAGCAGCGCGUGGAAACCAACGCCGGUAACACCCACGUCGAGGAUCAUCCUCGACAUGACCCUCAAGAUAGAGGAAUUAGUGUGGACCUGGAGAUCAUUUUUCUGUGAAUUAUUUGGAAGCGUUCUGUUGCUACAGGCAUUCGUUUAUGGUUUCUUUGACCAGGCUGGAUUUGCAGGCACAUGCGGGACAGGUUUGAUUUACGGUAGACGAACAAAUAAGCCCGAGAGCAAUAAAGUGGCUUUAUGACUAGAG